GCGGCGCCCUCCGCCUCCUUGCUGAAGCCAUCCCAACAAUGGGGGAAACAAUUCACCCGCAGCAAAGAUGGUAGACACGGCAUCAAAGGCCAGCGCCGGACUUCCGGCCGAGCUACUGCACGUACGGCCUCGGCCUUUCCCCAACCCCAUUGGCGAAGCCGCGGUCUCCUAAUCCGCCCUGCGAAGGAGGGGCGGCCGCAUGCCCAUUGGUCAGCGUGCCGUGACGUCACACCAAUGGGAAGCGGCACUGACUUGGCGCCCAGUUUGAGCGAGGCCGGCCCGGGGCUGCCGCCGUUCCGCCGCCGCCCCGCCGCUCGCGCGCUGCCGCCAUGUUCAUCUCCGACUGCCGCCGGGACUUCUACGACGCGAUCAUCAGUCAGCGUGUUCUUCUUCUUGUUGCUUCAGAUGUUGAUGCUUUAUGUGCUUGUAAAAUACUCCAAGCUCUGUUUCAGUGUGAUCACGUGCAAUAUACACUCGUCCCAGUAUCUGGGUGGCAAGAACUUGAAACUGCCUUCCUUGAGCAUAAAGAUCAGUUCAAAUAUUUUGUUCUUAUUAAUUGUGGUGCCAAUGUUGACCUUCUGGAGAUCUUGCAGCCUGAAGAAGACACAUUUUUCUUCGUAUGUGACAGCCACAGACCUAUCAAUGUAGUGAACAUUUACAAUGACACACAGAUUAAGCUAUUAGUUAAACAAGAUGAUGAUCUCGAUGUUCCUGCUUAUGAUGAUAUCUUCAGAGAUGAAGAGGAGGAAGAAGAGGAGUCAGAAAAUGAAAGUGAUGGAUCAGAACCUUCAGAGAAACGCAGACGUUAUGAAGAGGAUGUGAUAGAGAGAACAAUGAGAAGGCGACAAAGGCGAGAAUGGGAAGCUCGCAGACGAGAAAUUCUUUUUGAUUAUGAGCAGUAUGAAUACCAUGGGACCUCAUCUGCAAUGGUGAUGUUUGAUCUGGCAUGGAUAAUGUCAAAAGACUUGAAUGACAUGUUGUGGUGGGCUAUUGUUGGCCUAACAGAUCAAUGGAUCCAAGAUAAAAUCACUCAGAUGAAGUAUGUGACCGAUAUUGGGAUCCUGCAGCGUCACGUCUCUCGCCACAACCACCGCAACGAGGAUGAAGAAAACUCUCUGUCAAUUGAUUGCAUGCGAAUAGCAUUUGAGUAUGAUCUGCGUCUGGCACUUUAUCAGCACUGGUCUCUGUAUGAAAGUCUCUGCAAUACUUCAUAUACCUCUGCUAGCCUUAAACUUUGGUCCGUGCAAGGGCAGAAGAGGCUCCAGGAGUUUUUGGCUGACAUGGGUUUGCCUUUGAAGCAAGUGAAACAGAAGUUUCAUUCCAUGGAUAUGUCUUUGAAAGAAAAUCUUCGGGAAAUGAUUGAGGAAUCUGCAAACAAGUUUGGAAUGAAAGAUCUAAGAAUUCAGACCUUCAGCAUUCACUUUGGCUUUAAGAACAGGUUUUCAGCAAGUGAUAUAGUUUAUGCAACAGCUUCUCUUAUGGAGAAUAUAGAGAAAGAAGGACCUGAAACAACUAAUUUCAUUAAAGCUUUGGACAGUCUCUCCAGGGGUAACCUGGACAAACUUCACCAAGGACUGGACCUAGCCAAAAAGCAGUUAUGUGCCAUUCAGCAGACAGUAGCCAGUUGUAUCUGCACCAACCUUGUCAUUUCUCAGGGACCUUUUCUCUACUGCUCUCUCAUGGAGGGCACACCAGAUGUGAAGCUCUUUUCCAAACCAGUGUCUCUGUGCCUGCUUAGUAAAUACUUACUCAAAUCAUUUGUUUGCUCUACAAAAAACAAGCGUUGUAAAUUGCUGCCACUGGUAAUGGCUGCACCGAUGGAUGUUGAACAGGGAACUGUCAUCAUGGUGGGGAUUCCUCCAGAAACAGAAAGCUCUGACAAAAAGAACUUUUUCGGAAGAGCAUUUGAGAAAGCUGCAGACAGCACCAACUCGAGGACUUUACACAACCACUUUGACAUGUCGAUAAUUGAACUGAAAACAGAAGACCGGAGCAAAUUCCUGGAUGCACUCAUUUCUCUCUUAUCCUGAUGGUAAGACUAUCUCAUCUCCUGCCCCUUACCCAGUGGUGCUUUUUGGCUGCUUGUGCUGGAAGCUGAGGAUCGGAUGCUCCCAGGUGGUGGAUGUUCCAAAGUUCAUGGUGCUGCAGCUGUGAUAUAUCGUCUUUCUUCAUCUUAAAUGUACAGGUACAGGCUGGGCUUUUGGCUUUCUGCCUCUUGGGAAGUCAAAAGGAUUUUAAACUUAACAUACAGAUAUUGAACACUGCUUCUUUGUAAAUAUCCCAUCCUUGCAGUGGCGAAAGGUGUCAAGUAGGAGCAUUUGCAAAUUGCUUUUAUUAGUAGAUAAGCUUCUGUGAUGUUUAAAGGUUGACUAAUAACAAAAAUAGGUUUUGAAGAAGCUCCAUAUUUAUAUUACCAUUCAAAUGUUAAUUUUUAAUUGUCUUGAAUGCUUGUGAGGUUUUUUUCUUUUAUAAGAAACUUCUGGAAAGUGUCUUUGAAUUUCUAGAAUGUUGAAACUGUUUUUAAGUACUACCAGGUUGGGGUCUUGUACUUUAAUUGAAAUAACUGUUUUGAGAGACAAGUGUUAAGAUUUUAGGGCUUUUAAAAUCCAAGUACUGAGUAACUGCCAAACACCAAAUGAAAAAUCUGCGGAAUCCAAGUGUCAAUAAAGCAUUUCCAGUCAUGCAUUGUUAUACUGCAUUGUCACUUGUAAUUUGCCUUUGGGAAUCAUUAUCCUGGAAAGAGUCUGCAAUACUAUGCUAAAUGUCUGUAGACUGUAGUAUUACAUUUAUUGACAAGAUGAGCUCAAUCCUGUUCCGUAACAGAUUUCAUUUCACUUUGGUCAAAUGAAGUGCCAUGGCUUGUUAGACUGUACUUGCUGUACAUUGGGUGGGUAUGUACAUGUGUACCUUUGGACUUCUUCUUGCAAUGUUUGUUUGAAUUCUGUAUUACU